GGCGGCCCGACGGGCGAGAGGAGCGGCCGCGCCCGCGCGCCCCGCGGCGGGGCGGAGCACGCGCUGCCCCCCGCCCCGGGGCUGCUGCCGCCCUGCGAGGACCUGCCCUGCGCGCUGGCCCAGGAGGUCUUCCCCGGCCUCCUCGUCGGCUCGGAGGGCGUGAUGGUCGGGGACGGCCGCCAGCGGGAGUCCAAGGUGCUCGUGGAGCUGCACAGCGCGGGCGUGGGCUGGCUGCUGGAGGUCGGCGGGCUGUCCGGGCCCGCCCUGGAGUUCACGGUGCGCCUGCUCAAGCUGCGCGGCUGCAGGGACACCGUGGAGCUGGUCGAGGACUCGGCCUCCGCCGAGGGGGAGGCCCGCUCCGCGGCCGCCGUCGUCGAGCUCGUGGAGGCCGCGCUCGACCAGGCGCUGACGGGCACCGACGCCGCCUGGCAGGCCCUCGUGUUCCCCCGGGAGCCCCGCGACGGCGAGGCGUGCGCUGCCCUCGUGGCCGCGGUGGUGGCCCGGCGCUUCGGCCUGCGCUUCGCCGAGGCGCAGCGCUACGUGCGGACGCGCUGGGACGCGGCCAUUGGCGAGGGCUGGGGCGGCCGGCUCGCGCAGGAGGGCGGGCCGCUCGCGGCGGAGGCGGCCAAGGCCGACGGCGUGGACGCCGCAGGCGCCGCGGGCCUCCCGGGGCUGCUGGGCGCCGUGGGCGAGGCGUUCCAGCGCGACGACGCCGACGGCGUCCUGUCGAGGUUCGCCGCCUGGUUCUCCGCCGCGCACGGCUCGGCCGUGUCUUUCCGCACGAUGCUCGAGUGGGAGCAUGUCUGGGAGCCGCUGCCCGGGGAGCAGCUGCGGGUGCACGACACCGGCUGGGGCUCCAUCUCGGAGGUGUUUCGCGCCGCGGCUGGCUGCGGCGGGCUGACCGGCGCGGUAGUCACGCUGCGCAUGAUGAGCACGGUGCCGCGGGGCGAGAUCUUGGAGGUGCCGCACCUGGUCCAGACGCCAGGUGGUGGUGAGGUCUGGCAUCUGCUGGCCCUCGUGUGCGGCAGCUGCGCUGGCCACAGAUGCGUGGCCUUCCUCCGUGGCGGGGGCGAGUGGAUGCUGGACGGCGACGGCCAAGUGUACACGUUGGUGAGGCGGCCCACCGCUGGCAGCGGCCCUGACCAGUGGCUGUGCACCAGCGACGUCCCGGCGAGGGCGGCGGUCUAUGUCAAAGGCCACAGGGCCCAGGGGGUGCUGAGACCAGCCGUUCCUGCCGCCCCUGGCGUGGCGCGGCCGCAGCCGGCGCCUGGCAGCAGGGCUUGCACAGUGCGCGUUGUUACGGAGAAGAUGCUACAGCGGGCCUCCGGAGGAGGCUUUGCGGGCGGUGCUUGCAUUGCAGCGUCUGCCUGGCUGUCGCUGCCUCAGGGAGCCGGACUUCAGGCGCUGCAGGAUCGGGUCCACCAGGCGCUGAAGAUUCCGCCGGCGCGGCAGCUGCUGCUCCACCUGCCAGACGAGCUGCCACAGGCGGGGGCGAGAUGUGGCACGGUGGCGGAUUCCGGGUCGACGACGCUUUCUGCUCGCAGCUGGCGGCGGGCACUGGCACGGCGACCGUCCUGCUCAUGUUCGUGCCAGGCGCGGAGGCCGAGCGGGGGGAGCCUGGCGAGCUUGCCGAGCCGAUGCUGUGCCAGUUCUUCGACAAGCUGACUCUCCGCUGCCUCGUCCUCGGCGUGGCCCUGGUCCCCCAAGCUGACUCGCUGCUGCAGCACGCCGAGUGGAUCCGCAGGCGCCUGGCCCUGCUAACUCGGAGCCCGCAGCACGAUGCCCCGCUCGCCUGCUGCAGCGGCGCGCUGGCAGAGGGCGCCGCGCCGGUGCGCAUGGACGCCCCCUUGUGCGAGCAGCAGGUGGUCUCCGGCUGCGCUCUCACGUUCGAGACCGCGCCGUGUGGCCGGAGGGGCGCCUCCCAGGCCCGGGGGCCGGAGCAGUGCGGCGCCGUGCUGGCCCAGCUUGUGCAUCAGCCGCCCCCGGUCACGAUCCACGGCUGCGUCUCGCUGGAUGCCCGCUCGAGGUCUUCGGCGGACCUGGACGCAUGGAGCGCCUUCCACCGCCUCUUCUGCGAGGAGGUCAGCAAGGAGGUGAGCCUGGAGCUCUUGCCUGCGGCCGCCAGCGGCCCUGGCCCAGCGCGGGCAGGGAGCGUCAUGAUCUUCCGCAUACUGCCCCACAGGAACAUGGCGGCGGCUUCGGCCGUGGCCGUGGAGCUCUGCACGCUGUUCAGCACGCCGAAGGAGGGCGGCAAGCGAUGCCUGUGCCGUGGCCGCUUCGCGCGCCACAGGCCGCGAGAGCUGCUGCUCACCGCGGGCACCGCCUGCGGCGGCGCCCGCGCCCUGUGGCGCGCGCACGCCCCAGGGGUCGGCGCGCGGGGCAGCGCUGAGUUUGGGCAUCUGGCGAACCGCGAGGCCACCUCGCUCACGGCGAUGCUCCACUCGAUGGGCGUCCCAGUCGGUGAGGUGGAGGUCUUCGAGGUUGGCCCGCCCCCCGGCUGCGACACGCUGCCCGCCACCACGGUGGAGCUCGAGGAGAGCCCCAGCGAGGGGGUGAAGUCCAGGCGGAGCCGGCGGAAGGCCCAGGCGGCCAGGGAGGCGCAGGCCGCAGACUGCGCUGGCGCGGAGGACUGCGGCGGCAGCCCAGCAGCCGAACGCCCCGCACACGAGUGCCGGAGCGGGCGGCGGCCCAGCAGCACGGAGCUGGAGGAGCCCGCGGAGCUGGCGAGCGCAGUGGAGUCGGCCGAGGACGACGAUGACGAGGCCGAGGCCGAGGAGGCACAGUCGCACCAGGGCUCCACCAUUGACGGCGCAAGUGGCGCAAGCCACCACCGGCCCUCGUUCAAUCUGUCGGCGAGCACGGAGGAGAUCGGCGGCGCAGACGCCGUCGCGCCGCAGCCCACGGCCACCCCGUGCCCAGACUUCGCCGCGGCGGGCCUGUGCCUGGAGGGCGCCAGGUGUCCCUUCGCGCACCCACGCGGCGCGCAGCUGGCGCGCCCUGAGCCUUGCCCCCUGCGCAGCGAGAGCCGGGAGCGGUGCGCGCUGCGGCACCUGUGCGCCUUCGCGCACGGCGAGGCGGAGCGGGCGUGCCCGCCGUACAUCCGAGCCCGCCCUCCGGGCGGCGAGCGCCAGUCGGCCGCGUCGCCGGGCGAGGGCCAGGCGCACGGGCCCGCCGCGGCCGAGGACACCGCCAGCGGCCUGGUGCGGAGGCUGCUGCACCAGUCCACCGAGCAGCUCUGCGGGCUGCUGGAGCAGGCCAGGGCCCUGAGCAUGACCGAGGAGGUGGAGGGCGUCGAGAGGCAGCUGCUCCCGCUCUUCCUCCACCGCGGGCCCGUGCAGUCGCAGAAGGCCACGCCAGUCGCACGCAGCGUGGCGCUCAGCCGAUCAUCCUCCUGCGAUUCCUUCUUCGACGAGCCGGGCGGCCGCGACGCGGCGCAGGCCGCAAGGUUGCUGCUGGCGCAGGCUGCUGCUGGCGAGGCGACGCAGCCGAGCACGCCGAGGUCGUUGACCCACACACCUGGCGGACACGCGGCCCGGCCGCAGCCCGAUAGCGGCGGGAAGAGCUGGCCGCCGGAGGGAGAUGCGCUGGAGACGGCACGGUCCCAGAUCUCGGCGCUGCUGCUUCCCCUGGGCAGCGCCGCGCCCGUGCCGUCCGCGGCGUCCCAGCCCCCACUCGAGCUGCCUGCAGAAGCCCGCCACGCCCCGAGUUCCUCGCCCCUGCACCGGUACGCUGACGAGCCCCACGCGGACCAGCCUUUGCGCUCCCGGGCCCGGGACGAGAGCGAGAGGCUGGUUGUCCGCCCUCCUCGCUUGGACCGGCGGCCCGGGGCCGUGGGCGGAGGCGUCCAGAGCAUGGGUUACUUGUGGCACACCUCCCCGUUCUGCAUCUCGCGCACGCCCAACAUCCACACUCCUGCCAUCCACACGCCGGUGAGCCACUGCUCUCCGGCCAGAUCCCCCGCCUCGUUCAGCGGCUACUGCUCCCCAAUCACCGCCAUGCCCUCUGGGGUGGCCUCGCCCAAUCAGCGGCGUUCGCAGUCGGGAUACUCUUCCCCAUCGGCUGACCGCGGCCUCCUCGGCUCCGCCUUCUUCGUCGGCACGGCCACGGCGCACUCGGGGCUCAUGCGGCGGCUGAUGUCCUUACGGGAGGCGCGGGGCGAGGACAACGAAGAGGAGAGCGAGUGGUCGAGCGGCGACGAGGUCCCCGGCGGCGCGGACGCAGGCAUGCCAGACUUGUUGGACAAUCUCUUGCAAAAUGCGCAGAGGCUGCCCCUCAGCAGGGGCACCAAGGAGCCCUCCUGCCUGUGCCUGGACCUGAGCACCGAGUUCUCCGGCUACAUGAAGCGUGGCCUGGUGAUGAACCGGGCGGCUCCCUACCUCAACGCAUUUCUGCAGGUGUUGUUGCCCUGCUCCCCGCUCAUGCACCUCCUGGCCCAGCUGUCGUGGAGCUCGCUGGCGAAGCAGCGGCCGGCCUACGCCUGCUUGGUGCAGAUCGCCGGCAAGUUCUUCGGCACAGGGCACCGCGUCGGCGCGGAGGAGCGCAACAUUGGGAUGGCCGCCAGUGCCGACGGCCCUCCCAGCCCGCAGGGGGGCGGUUGGCGCUUGUCCGCGGCAGAUCCAUCGGGCCCGCAGGGUGUGCAGCCGCCCGUUGACGCAGCUGCGUUUGCCGAGCCGCUGCUGCGAAGGUUCGAGCGGGGCAAGAACACGUCUGCGCCGACUCCCCCAGCGCCCGGGCUCGUGGAGACCUUCCUGCACUUCGUGCACUUUGUGCUGGGCCAGCUGCACGACGAGUGCAAGUGGCCCACCCUGUCGCCGAUCACGGGGCACCACGAGGACUCGCCCGUGAGCCGCAUCUUCGAGUGCCUCCUGAGGCGGCCGAAGGCGCCGCAGCGGACCGCCGCGGACGCCAGCGCCGGGGCCGCGGACACCGUACCCUUGCUGGUGCUGCACCUCGACCUGGCUAGCGCGCCGUGCCUCUCCGUGAGCGAGGCGCUGCAGCAGCUGCUACGGCCACCGGGCUCGCACUUCAUCCGGCUUCCGCCCUUCCUGCUGCUGCACCUGCAGCGCUUCAAGAUGGUCGACGGGGUGCCCACAAAGAUCAGCAGGCACUGCACCAUGGACACGUGGCUGCAGCUGGAGGAGGCGGCGCACUGCACCUCGCGCACGGUGACCUACGAGCUGCGGAGCGCCGCUUGCCACUACGGCGAGGCGCCCGAGGGCGGCACGUACAAGGCCCUCGCGCGCAGCGGCGCGCCCCCGAGGGGCGCGGCGCUGGGCGGCGCCCUCGGGGCCGCGACCGCCGGAGGCGCGGGCGACUGGUACGCGUUCGACGACGCGGCAGUGCGCCUGCGCCCCGCGGAGGAGCUGGGGGCGCUGCUGCAGUGCGAGGGGCACCACGUCUGCUUCCUCGUCUACCGGCGGGAGGACACGCGGACCGUCAACAUGCGGCCGCACGCCGCGUAGGGUGUAAGCGGAGGCCACUACGGCCGCGGCCGCGCACCGCCGGCACGGCGGUUGGCGCUGCUGCCCCCCCC